GCUACGGCUAGAACGCCCUCUCGGCGCCCCGCACGCGUGAGAGAGAGGAGGCCGCCGGUGUCUCCUUCUGCCGCCUCCUGCAGCUCCCGCCAUGGCUAUGUUGCCCACGGGGCGGCUAGGGACCGCUAUCCGCCUUCUGUUGCGGCAGCAUCAACCACGAGCCUGUGCUGUAAGGAUGCUGAAGGCUACAUGCUUCCAGCGAAGUGAAGCCCUGGCAAGCCCUCCUUUGGACAAUGCCCCCAAAGAGUACUCACCCAAGAUUCAGCAAUUAGUUCAGGACAUUGCUAGCCUGACCCUGCUGGAGAUCUCUGACCUCAAUGAGCUGUUGAAGAAAACCUUGAAGAUCCAAGACAUGGGACUCAUGUCAAUGGCAGGCAUGAUGCCAUCAGGACAACCUGCAGCCCCGGCAGCAGAGGAGGAAGACGCCCCCAAGAAACCAGAGCAGGUCAUUUUCACUGUCAAAUUGACCGAGGUGAAGGCUGCAGAGAAGGUGAAGCUCAUCAAGGAGGUGAAGAACUGUAUGCCAGGCAUGAACCUUGUCCAGGCAAAGAAGUUGGUAGAAUCUCUUCCUCAAGAGAUCAAGGCAAACGUCUCUAAGGAUGAAGCGGAGAAGAUCAAAGCGGCUCUAGAGGCGGCAGGAGGGACUGCGGUUCUGGAGUAACCAGGUCGGCCUCACUGUCAAAAGGACUCCAGCAGAGCAGAGGCUAGCCUUCUGGUCUGUCUUGCCCACCCUUGGCUUUUACUGCCUGCUGACUGGUGGUGGGUGCUGUGCGAUCCCAGGAAGCUGUGCCCCGCCUUGUUUCCUCUGCAAGGGAGGGGGGGGGUUCUGCUGGGAUGGUCCAGUCUGUGGUUGAAUGCCUUCGGGGCCACAAGGUUUGCUCUCUGUACCAGCACUGCAAAGAACUGAGUAUAAAGAAUAUAUGAGGGGAAACACCUUGGAA